AUGCCUUUACUCACCGUGUAAUGGUAGAAAGUGGAAAUUAUGGUUGAAAUGGAAGCCCUUGAUUGAAGGAGAUGGAAGAAGGGUUGGACGGUGGACGGUGGACGGUGUAGUGUGGACUCAACGGUGUGGAUUGUGGACUUUGGAGUGGAGAACGCCGGGCACGCAAUGCAUGUGUGGAUGGAUGAAUCAGGAACCUAUCUUUGUCUGCUAGCAAAACAGAGAAUGGCAGAAGCAAGACAACCGAAACGCAUCGUCACUUCCACUUACACCGUCAUAAGUUCCCAUAAUUCAGUUAACUCCAUCGAUGGAGAUCUGUCUAAUUCCAAGACUUUGAAGAGCGAUUAACUAGCUGCAGCUCAGCUUUUCGGAUUAUUUUUCCACCUAGGUAUAUAAAUCUCUUAGGUAUGGGGAAUACAGAAUCAACGGACUAUUCAUAUGAUGAUGAAAUUCGGCAGCAACCUCCUCCUUAUGCAGGGAGUUCUGAAUAUGAUAAAAUUCAGCAGCGACCUCCUUAUGCUGGGAGUUCUGAAUGUGAUAAAAUUCGGCAGCAACCUCCUUACGCAGGGAGUUCUGAGGUUCACAACUAUCAGAACAUGCGGCAGCAAGCCACUUACAUACCUGAUAAAUUCAGCUCUCUGGAUGAGGUUAUUUCUGCAUUAAGAGAUGCUGGUCUUGAGUCAUCAAAUUUAAUCCUUGGUAUUGACUUUACAAAGAGCAAUGAGUGGACAGGUAAGUAUUCAUUCAAUAGGAGAAGCCUCCAUGCAAUUGGAAGCAUUCCUAACCCAUAUGAGCAAGCUAUUUCUGUAAUUGGCCGCACAUUGUCUCCUUUUGAUGAGGAUAAUUUGAUACCUUGUUUUGGAUUUGGCGAUGCAUCAACACAUGAUAAAUAUGUAUUCAGCUUCUUUCCUGAUCACCGACCUUGUCAUGGUUUCGAGGAGGCCCUUGCAAGAUACAGAGAAAUUAUUCCUUAUUUAAAAUUGUCAGGUCCAACCUCUUUUGCACCAGUUAUUGAUGCAUCAAUUGAUAUAGUGGAGAGAAGUAAUUGGCAAUAUCAUGUCCUAGUCAUAAUUGCUGAUGGGCAGGUUGCAAGGAGUGUUGAUUUACAACCUGGAAGAUUUAGUCCGCAAGAACAAGCAACUAUAAAUUCCAUAGUUGAAGCUAGUCAAUAUCCUUUGUCAAUUAUUUUGGUUGGUGUGGGGGAUGGACCAUGGGAUGCAAUGCAACAGUUUGAUGAUAACAUUCCUCAUCGGUCAUUUGAUAACUUCCAGUUUGUAAACUUCUCAAAGAUUAUGUCUGAGAACAAGGAAAUGUCAAAGAAAGAAGCAGCCUUUGCACUCGGUGCACUGAUGGAAAUCCCAUUUCAAUAUAAAGCCAUGCAGAAACUGAGGAUUGUGGAAAAUAGUAGAGGAGCACCACGUUCAAAUCCACUUCCCCCUCCGCGCGAAGUUAUCGAGCAUGAUAAUUCUGUUAGAACAUACCCACACAUGACAAGCUUCCAGUCAGUCGAGCAUGAAACAUCCACAGAGCAGGUCUGCCCCAUUUGCUUGACAAACCCAAAGGACAUGGCAUUUGGAUGUGGUCACCUGACCUGCAAGGACUGUGGCCCAAGCUUAUCAUUGUGCCCUAUGUGCCGUGAGCCAAUAACGACACGCGUGAGACUGUAUUCCUGAGAAAGUGUGUUUCUUCAGCUGCUGCACAAUUGGAAACUUGUUAUGGAGAUGAAAAUUUUCUUCGCAUCAUCUAUUGUUUGUACAGUAACUGUCACAGGCAUUAGAAUCUGGGCUCCUGACUUUUGUCUUGUAGAAUUAGUCAUUUAGGAUUCAAGAUCAUAGUUUCAAAAAUCAGAUCGGGAUCGCUGAAGUCAUCCAGAUUUGAUUGGUAUUGGUUGAGACUGAUCCCAUACUGAUUCACUGGCACAACCGAACGGUAGAAAGGUAAUAAUAAUUUUAUUUUAUUUUA